GCGAUUUUUUUUUGAAAGGCAUUUUUUUUGAGGAAAAGUUGAAGCGGUAGCGGCUGUCGGUCGACAUUUUUGAGUGAAAUUCGGGCGCGGCCUAGCGAAUGGUGCGUGCGGAGGUGGAUUUUAUUGAUGUUUGAAUAAUAAUUUAAGGAGAGAGAGAGAGAGAGAGAGGAGGAAUCACCUGACCCGCCGAGCCAGAGCGCCUCCAUGGCGGCGUGAGAAGCAUCAUGGGCGAUGUCUACUCCUGGGGGGGAAGCAGCAGCAGCAGCAGCAGCAGCGGCAGCAGAGAAAAAAAGUUGGUGAAGGGGAAGAGUACGGGGAGAAAUAUCCGCCAUUUCUGACCAGUCGUAGACUUUCAGGAGAAGAGAAGCAAAGGGAAGGCAAAAGAGGAAGCAAAAAUCAUAUCACUUUAAUCCACACACAUUCCCUCUCCUCCCCUUCCUCCAAAUCUAACCUGAGGAAAACAAGAUGUCUGCUGACCAUUAAAUUAAAAAAAAAAUCCCCAGGAAAAAAAUAUUAUUAUUUGUCUCUUAUCCCUUGUGGGACGAAAGCAAAGCAUGAAAUUCACUGGAAUGAGCAGAGAAUAAUUGGUGAAUGGAAGUGAUAUUGAGACAAAAGCUCACCCACAAGUUGAAAGUGGAGGGAGUUACUGGGACCGUCGACUUUUAGCUGCCAGGGGCAGAAGGAUAGUAACACUGAGGACCACGAAAACAUGGGAUCUGAAGCUCGUGCUGCAAAAGGUGUCAGUCUAUAAUUGUACUGCGAGCAAUCUGAGUUCUAUGGUGGUACUGCUAUUGACCCUGUCAGGAUGAUCGGAUAAUUAUGAUGGCAAAGAAACAGGAUGUGCGGAUCCCAAACUACAGCAUUAGUGUCGUGGGAUUAUCUGGGACGGAAAAAGAGAAGGGCCAGUGCGGAGUUGGGAAGUCAUGUUUCUGCAAUCGAUUUGUACGCCCUAAAGCCGAUGAAUUUCAUCUUGACCAUACAUCUGUCCUCAGCACCAGUGACUUUGGGGGCCGUGUUGUUAACAAUGACCAUUUUUUGUAUUGGGGUGAGGUUGGUAGAACAGUGGAGGAAGGAGUGGAAUGUCGAAUUCAUGUGGUGGAACAAACUGAGUUCAUUGAUGAUCAGACUUUUCAGCCUCAUCGGAGCACUGCCCUGCAGCCCUAUAUUAAACGUGCUGCAGCAACCAAAUUGGCAUCCGCUGAAAAGCUGAUGUAUAUUUGCACUGACCAGUUGGGUCUGGAACAAGACUUUGAACAGAAGCAGAUGCCAGAAGGGAAACUACUGAUCGAUGGUUUCCUUCUCUGCGUAGAUGUCAGCCGGGGUAUGAACAGGAAUUUUGAGGAGCAGCUUAAGUUUGUCACAAAUUUGUAUAACCAAAUAAUAAAAACAAAAAAACCUAUUGUGGUGGUGCUGACAAAAUGUGACGAAGGCGUGGAACGGUACAUACGUGAGGCACACUCCUUCGCCAUGACAAGAAAGAACCUCCAAGUGGUGGAGACAUCAGCUCGAUCGAAUGUCAAUGUGGAACUGGCCUUUAGUACUUUAGCGCAGCUAAUAGAUAAAAGCAGGGCAAGACCCAAAAUAACUCCAUACUAUGAAGCGUUGAAACAACAAAGUCAACUAAUAGCUCAUGGAAAAGAUAAGUAUGAAUUUAUCAUUAGCCACUGUGUCACACAUCAUAAUGAAAGUUGGAUGAAUGCCACUAGGAAAAUGCAGAUGAAACCUGAAUUCCAGGAGUAUGUGUAUCUAGAAGGAACUCUGAAGGCCAAAAAACUGUUCUCUCAGCAUGUCCUGAUGCUCAAGGACAAGCACAUUGACCACUUAAAGAACAAGUACCUCAAUAGACUUGUGCUCGCCCUUGAUGCCCUUUUUCCAGAUCUGAACGAGAUUGAAAACUUGAAUUGGCCCACAGCACAGCAGAGAUUGAAGACCAAGCAGGAUUUCUCAGCCUGGUUUGUUGUUCUUAGUGAGACACCAUGGGAUAAAACUGAUCAUAUUGACAAAGUGGACGACGACAGGAUUCCAUUUGACUUGUUGGCUGGGAAAUGUGCAGAAGAUCAAUUUAAAAAGCAUUUGGAGAAAUUGAAGAAUGAAAGAAAGAAAGCUGAGAUGAGGAGAGCUUUUAAGGAAAACCUGGCAUCAUCACCUUUUAUAACCCCUGGAAAACCAUGGGAAGAGGCUAGAAGUUUUGUUAUGAAUGAGGAAUUCUAUCAGUGGCUCCAAGAGCAUGAAUACCAAGAUAUUUACAGUAGACACCAACGUGAGAUCAUAGAUAAGGCCAAGGAUCAGUUUCAGGAAUUGCUUUUAGAGUAUUCAGAGUUGUUUUAUGAAUUGGAGUUGGAUGCGAAGCCCAGCAAGGAGAAAAUGGGUCUCAUCCAGGAUGUUUUGGGAGAAGAACAACGAUUUAAGGCACUUCAAAAGCUGCAAGCUGAGCGGGAUGCUCUUGUCUUGAAGCACAUUCAUUUUGUGUACCAUCCGACAAAAGAGACUUGUCCAAACAGUCAGAAAUGUAUGGACAGUAAAGUUGAACAGUUGUUGGCUGCUAGAUUUUAUCGAUCUUCUGACCGAAGCCAUGUGAAUUCUCAUUUGGACUCCAGUGCUGACAAACUCAACCUUGUACUUCUUGGCAAGGAUGGACUUGCACAUGAACUAGCUAAUGAGAUUCGAGUGCUAUGUACUGAUGACAAGUAUGUGCUUGAGGGCAAAAUGUAUGAGCUAUCAUUGAGACCGAUAGAAGGAAAUGUGAAACACCGGGUUAAUUCUUUUCAGACACCGACCUUUCAACCUCAUGGUUGCCUUUGCCUCUACAACUCCAAAGAAUCGCUGUACUACAUAAAGGAGAGCUUAGAGAAACUGAAAGAGUCUACUUUAGACCGAAGGGACAAUCAUUUAGCGCAGUUGCCUCUAACACUAGUUCUAGCAAACAAAAGGGAGAGCGGUGGAGAAACACUACAGACUUUGAGGAACCAUGGCCAACAACUUGCCAACAAAUUGCAGUGUCCUUUUGUUGAUGUAACUUCUCUCAGUGUAGGUUCUGGGCGAAACUUUAGUGAAUUGCAAAUCAAUCAGGCUUUGAAAGGCUUGUUGGAUACCAUGAAACGCAAUUUGAACCUAGUAAGUGCAUCCCCCAGCAUUAAAGACUUAACUGAUGCAGAUCUUCGAAUAGUAAUGUGUUUGAUGUGUGGUGAUUUAUUUAGCGUGGAUGAAGUCCUCUUCUCCAUCAUUCAACCUCAUUUUUGUAGCUCAUUGCAGCCUGGGAACAGCAAUUCGGUAAUGCUUGAAUUAGCAAUUGGAGCAGUGCGUAAGAGUGUUGAACUAUCGAUUCUUUCCUAUCAUUCCUCUUUCAACAUAAGGAAAAACCAGUUAGUCCAUGGAUACAUUGUUUUUUAUUUGGCUAGGCGCAAGGCUUCUUUAGCAAUGCUCCGUGCCUUUUUGUCAGAUGUGCAAGACAUCAUCCCGAUUCAGUUAGUAGCAAUCACUGAAGGAGCUGAAGUGUCAGAGAGCGAUGUCUCACGGGACCAGCUUGAAGAAGGCCAGGAAAUUGCUCAUGAGAUCUCUGGCAGGUUUACUGGAAUACCUAGCGGACAGCUGUUUCAGCACAAUGUGGAGAUUUUUGCUCCAUUUUUCAGAGAUGCGGCUGAAAAGAAAAUCUUCGUUGAAGCUUCACACAUGUAUGACAAUGCAGCAGAAGCAUGCAGCAACCCAGAAGAAGUGUUUAACUUUUCUCCCAGGCCUAGCUCACCCCUCAACAAUUCGAACUGCUUUGACUAUGAUGAGGAUAUUGAAGGCCCACCACCCUAUGUUGCACUUCGAGAUGAAACCUCCGGGACUCCAGUGACUAAAGAGCAAUCCAAGCUCUUAAUGGACCUUGAAGGGAAUGACAACUACUCACUGUACAGCACAUUCAGCUCUUUUGAGAGGCUAAAUAACAAAGUACCUCCUCCUGUAAAACCAAAGCCAAUGGUACAUUUUGACAAACUGAUGAAGAAAAUGGAUCCCUCUGAGAAAGAACCAGCCAACAAAGAAAUGCCAAGAAAACCUUCAACUGUAAGUUGGGCACCUUCUGACGAUGGAUCAUACACCUCUGAUUAUGCAGAACCAAUAGACACCUUGGUGAGACCAAGAGGGGAUGAAGAGAAUAUCUACUCAGUACCACAUGACAGCACCCAGGGCAAAAUUAUCACAAUUCGGAAUUCUAUUUCUGCAAAAUCCCAGUCGAAUGGAAGUGGUAAUGGGUCAGACAGUGAAAUGGACAUCAGUUCUUUGGAGCGCCAGAGGAAACUUUCCUCUGUCAGCAAACCAGCGUUGUAUAGAGAUCGAUCCAAAAGGUUAGGCAAGUUUGCAAGUUAUCGAACAAGUUUCAGUGUUGGCAGUGACGAUGAACUUGGGUCUCUAUCAUCACAGAAAAAAGCAGAAGCUGAUUCUUCAUUGCCUAAGGGAGAUAAUACCACCAAUACGUAUGAACCGGAUGGAGAUGAGUCAAAGCGAGGGAAGCUUCUACGUAGCUUGAGAAGGCCAACGUCAAGGAAGCCCAAGCCCAAAUCUCGACCUUCCAUUUCAAAGAGUACUUGGGAAAGCAAUUAUUUUGGAGUGCCUCUGACUUCUGUAGUGACAGUGGAGAAGCCUAUUCCUGUCUUCAUCGAGAAAUGCAUAGAAUUUAUUGAUUCUAAUGGUCUGGGCACAGAGGGAAUUUAUCGUGUUAGUGGGAACAAGUCUGAGAUGGAAAGUCUCCAGAGGCAAUUUGAUCAAGACCACAGCAUUGUUCUACAGGAGAAGGAUUUUGCAGUUAAUACUAUAGCUGGAGCAAUGAAAAGCUUCUUCUCGGAACUUCCUGAGCCACUGGUCCCGUACAGUACCCAAGUUGAACUGGUGGAUGUUAGCAAACAGCCUGAUAAGGAGCUGAAGCUGAAUGCACUUAAGGAUGUGUUGAAGAAGUUUCCUAAAGAGAAUUAUGAGGUCUUCAAAUAUGUCAUCACCCACUUAAACAGGGUCAGUCAGAACUGCAAGUUGAAUCUGAUGAACAGUGAGAACCUCUCCAUCUGUUUCUGGCCCACGCUUAUGAGGCCCGACUUUCAGACCAUGGAUGCGCUGACAGCUACCAGGACGUACCAGACUAUCAUCGAGCUCUUCAUCCAGCAGUGCCCUUUCUUCUUUUAUGACAAACCAAUCGUGGAACUGAUCAGUGCCGUUCCCAGCUCCCCCACGUCGAACACUGCCUUUCAGUGCCCGUCGCCAGUAACAAUGAUCCCCUCGCCGCCACAGUCGCCUCCUCCGACACCUUAGAGGCCACUUCAGCAACAUCUGUGAACAUAGCUGCAGACGGAACAGCCAAGUAAACUGUGAAUUGGGUUAUAAACAUGCCAGAUAUCGUAACUAGGUUCUUUUCAAAACUGCCUUGGGUUAUGGAACCCCUUUCUGUUGUACAGAGCAGUGUAAUCAUAGUUAUAACAGAUGACAUGGCACUAAGGAAAUUGGUUAUAUACCAAACGCUGCAGUUUAAAAGAAAAUACUGACUGCAAAAGAAGCAGCUCAUGACUUCAUAGUGGGCUCUGUGAACACACAAAUAGCACAGGUUCCGCAACAAAGUGGUUUCUCAAAAUGCACAACGUUUAAACAAUUAAUUAUACAGACAAACUCUGCCGCUUAUUUAAUUUAAACCUUAUUCCCUUCUAAGCCAAUAUAGAAAGUUGCUGUUUUAUUUUUGGGCAGUGCCAACUCUUGCUUAGAAAAUUGUUUUUGAGGUCACGUGCUGCUAUUUUAACCUUUAUUAAAAAAUAAACACAAAUUUCACGCAGACUGUGUGAAUUCAGAGUGGGCACAGCCUCGCACCAAUAUUUGUGAAUGCGGGAUGUGAGCACAAACAGUUAUCCUAGGUGGAAUGACCAAGCCCAGCAUGUAGAUGUGCAUCUGUAAAGAUGGUUCAUUGGGAAGCCAUUCUAACCAUGGGGCUUUUGUUUAAGGAAAACACUAAAUGAAUAUGUUAUGAUAAAAUCUGUGUGUCCUAAGGUUCUGUAGAGCUUGUAGUAAAGAGGUUUGUCUGUAUAACAAUGAUGUGAGCAGCUGCAUGGAAAUACUUUGUGCAAAAGGAGAUUUAAUGCUGGUUUUCCCAAUAUCGAUGCAGCUUCUGUGGCUGACGUCUGUGGAACUUUUGAGCCUCUUUUGUUUCGUCCUCACUAGCUUGAUCUGUUCUGUUUAGCAAAUGCCUAAUUCAGUCCCCUUCAGAACCUGAUUGAAGCUGUUCUGGAUCAUUAUGCUUUUUGUUUUGUGGGGUGGGGUGGGGCUGGACGGAGAGAAGGAACAUUCAUUUUCCUUCUAUGCCUGUCCUGUCUUCAGGACCACAUUUAUUGCCCCCCCACCCUGCCCCCUUACUCUUCAUGACUUACUGUCCAGACUUGCUCUUUGGUGCAUAGUGCCAAGUGGGAACCUCUUGACGCACAAGGAAAGCCUGUUGCCAAUUAAAAAUGUCAGUCAACUUCAUGUCAAACUUCCCGGUCACUUUAAAUGCUUGGAGUGUCGUGUCUGCCACAUGCCCCCGCCAACCUCACGGUGAAGUUGCACAGCAAAUAAACAUAUCUUGGCUGGUGCCUCACAUCCGUCCUGGGAGUAGUUAAGGUGCUUUAGGAUGUGGCUUCCUCUUAAAUGGCUUUUAAUAAAAUAAUUAGAAUGCUUGUGAGGCAUGUUAGCACAUGCAUGGUUUUUACUUAAUGUUUUAUCACCAUCCUAUACGUGGCACUUUUGAUGUGGUGUCACAAAGCCACAUCUACCCACUGACCUCUGCUAGAAAAGGAAGUAUACAUGGACUCCAUUGGGCAUGGCUGUCAUAACCCCUGUGCUUGAAAAGCCUCACUGGGCUGAAACUUGAAGACUGGCCAAUUUGGUGAGAUAUUGGAGGGUGGCCACUGCCCAUGAAAUCAUACCUCAGCACCAGUCAGUGCCUAAAGGAGGGGGAGCAGGGGCUGCAAGAGAAUCAAAAGCAUGACCAUGUGCAACUAGAUGCCUGAGCAAUGCCAGUCCUGAACCAGUUCACUUUCAAGGCUCAGUGUGAAGGCUGCAUAAGGGGAUUAAAAAUAUAGAUAUAUUUUGAGGUUUUUUAAUUCUAAAAUUCAAAUUCCACAGCUUCAUGUGCUGGAACCUACACUACACAUGACACUGCAAAUGCAAAAAAUUCAUAAUUUAAUGAACUGAACAGCAGUAGUUAUCAAGUAUGCCAUUGAGCGUUAGCACUACCAUAAUUUUUAGUCAUUUGUUCUUUGAACUGUUAAGCACCUGUCUAGAGUUAGUAGCAAAUCAUGUGCUUCAAGGUCAGGAGGCAAAUUCUUCAUUACCUGGCCAGUGUGUUCUCAGCAUCUCUGUUUUCCCCCAUAGGGCUGUGCCAGCGAAUCUAUUUUAAAACACUUAGUCGAUCUAAGUAUCGAGCUCUACCAGUUUGGGUAUGGUACGUACAAUUAUGAUCUCUCCAAUGAUUGAGCAAACACUAAAAUGUUACGUGUUUGUGUGUGUGAUUCUUUGUGUAACGAGUCAGUGUUGUGCGUAUUGACUGGGCAAAAUGUGAAGUGGAAACCCAGUGAUCCAUUGUUUCCGUAUGAGAUGCUGAUCUAUCAUUCAACUUUAGAUUUUUUUUUGAAAAUGUAUAUCUCUGAAUGUUUGAGAAUAGAUUGUUCUGAUUCAAUGUCAAAAACUUUUACAAUGUGUUGGCACAGUCCUUGUCUCCCAGGCAUGAUCGUUAUGGCUGGUGGAUAUCGGGGAGGGUUGAGUCGCAAAGCCAUCGAGACUUGCUGAUUGAUUAACGAUCCCAGAUUUUCCAAGUUAAUGAAAUACAGUUUCAUCAGUAAGGCCUGGCUUAGCUUUGAAAUCAUGCUUUUAAAAAAGGUGGUAAUUGUUCACAUGAGAGUCUCUAUCCCUAAUUCAUCCAUUUCUGAAUUAGAAGCUUGGGUCACAGAUGAAUAACGGGCUGCAGCCUAAUGUUUGUUAACUAUGGGCUACUAAUAAAAUCAUUUGGGACAGUCAUAUCUAAAAUUGCAGCACUUCACACAACUGAUAACCGGCAAAUUCUUUAGCAGCAGAAACCAGGCCAGCUGAUGUACACCAUUAGGUGGAGAAGUACCUGCUGAAAAUUGAUUUUUUGACAAAUUUGAAUUCUUGUUGAAGAGCUGGCCAGUCUUGUAUUGCAUCUUUUUAGGCAACACUUGGCAUUAAUUCCUUUUCUAGGUGGGUGGUUCUUAAAGUAGAAAGGAAGUACAAGCUACCGUCUAAUUUUCCAUGUUUAGCUCCUUCUGAAUGUGGAUCAGAAAUUGGGUGAAAUCUGCUCCAAGCAGAAUUGUGCUUCUGUGGGUCGAAUGUUAAACCAAUUUUAUAAUCUGAGGAUUUUGCCAGUCAGAUCAGUUUGGAAGGCAAAAACAGAAUAUGCAGCGAACUGUUACAACUGUCUUCAGAAUUCAAAUCACACCAGAAGGAGCUCACGUGCAAUCUCUGGUUCCUUGUCUCUUUCUCCCUUUGCCCACAUAGCAAUUCAAUAAUUCAAUAAUUCAGCAAUUUGAUAAGCAUACAGUUCACUCACCCAUACAUCAGUGAAGAAAAAGGCUGAUGGUUUGCUGUAUCAAUAACUUUCUCCCCCCACCCGCCCACCUUUCCGCCUAGAGAAAUAGUGCCGUGUCUGUGUGCAAAGCACAAGGAAACAGUUGUAAGUGUUAAACCAGAACUAAAAACACAUUGGCAUUACUGGGUUUUAUCAGUUAACUGUACCCAAAAAAUAAUUAGGAUUAAUCCAAUUUCGACUGAAAAAUUAGAAGGCCUCUGGUGGUACAGGAUUUUUUACAGAUCUGUCUUCAAGUGGGAAUGGGAAAUUGCCCUUUAAACUGAAUCCUAAGUAUGCUUCAGCCACACCUCACCUUGCUGCAACUUCAGAAAUGGAUCAUUAUGGAGAAAGAGCCUCUUGGAGAUGGGAAUCUCUGGUCCUCAGCAGAUACUUGCUCUGAGGAGAGCUGCUAACAUUAUCGGUGUCUCUCUCACUUCUUGCCAAAAUGCUGCAAACAUCCAUUUAUAUGGAGCAUUGCUUGGCCAGUGACCUGCAUCUUACUAACUUGUGCUGUAUAGACAUGAUGAAAUCACUUUGUGACGGUGCCAGUAUUCUGGCACCAUGUUAAAAGCUAUGAUAAUCAUCGUGCCUGUUUUGCCUCAUCCUAAAUUAGUCGCGCUAUAGAAAUUUCUCUCUCUCUGCUGUUGUGAGGUAGCUCAUGUUCUUGUGUCCUGAAUUGUGGAAUAAACCUGGGCUUUACAACAUAGCGAGUUUCCUGAGUUUACCUGAUGUCAUUUGGAUAGAUGAGAAGACAGAACGUGAUGUGUGCAGCUUUGAGACUUUUUCUAGGAGGAAGGUCAAGGCAAACCAAGUUAGUUUUUACAGAUAUGUCCAGGAUGUUGUAAACCACUGGACUUUGAUGAAAGGCAUAAAUUGAAAUUCAAACAGAGCCUAGAUUUGUACGAUCAUGACAAUUUUAGAUUAACGACUACUUUUCUGAGCAAACAAGCUUAGCUUGCAGUUGCAAAAGGUACAUCCAAUGCCUUGUUUAUCAAUGCAUUCAGCUUUCUGCAGUAAUUGUCAAAAUAAAUCAUAUCUGAGCUGUUUUAAACUUCAGUUGGGGGAUUUUGCACAAUUUCCUGUUCCGUCAGUUUGCACUUUAACCUCAGUUUGUGGUGGUGUUAGCCCCUCCUGAAGGCUGUUGUUCAAAAUGAUGACAAAUGUGGCUAAUUACUAAAGUAACUUAAUGUUUUUAAUUGUUCCCUCCCCUCUUUAAAAGUCAGCAUUUAAUGAUCUUAAAAUUACUGUUUUUGUGUACAAAUGCUCGCCGAAUUUAUGCAAAAUUCCUUUGCUUGUUACAUUACCAAGGCAUUAAACCAUUUGAUUUUAACUGUGUUGAUGUUAGAAAGGAAGUGCAGGCAGAGGAAUUUCACACCAAUGUGCUAACACCAUAACUUGAAGGCAAAUGAUUCCAAGAUAUGAGCCUAAAAGAUUGUGAAUGGGAAGUGAAGCUUACGCCAAAUUAGCAAGUGUUUAUCUUUGGGAGGGACAUGGGGAAAGAGAGCUCUGCCUCAUUUAAAUGCAGACUAUUGGUCUUAGAAAGUACCUCAAUGCAUUGUAUUGCGCUGGGAUGUUUGUAUGGCUUGUCAACCAUGUUUUGUGUAAAUAUGAAGAUAACUUGGAACCCAGCGCAUGCAAUUGUAAAAUGCAUAUCAUGUUCACUUUAUUACCUGAGAAACACAAAAAUGUCUUGCUUCCUUUUAAUGGAAGUUUUAAGGGCAUGCAGACUUUGGACAAUAUCUGUCUCUUCUCCAUCCCUUCUCCAAAUUUUGUGUUCAUUUCCUCUCUCUAAACAUCAGGAAUGGUACAUUAUCAAACUCCUUCAUCCUCAAACCCUUACCAACAGAAAAGAUGAAGUAAGUUCCAUAAAAGAUUUUCCAGCAUUCACAGUAUUUUGCCUCUUGUAUGAGUAAGUUCUGUUUGCUGUCACUACAGAAGUUAAUAUAAAUAUGUAUGGAGAGCUAGGUGGUGCGAUGGAUUGCACACUGCCCUCUCAUCUGUUAUGUGGUUUUGCCGGGCUAGAUUGAUGGCAGUGCCUAUCCAAGCCCUAAGAAUCUCACUUUAGGAUAGUUUCAAUCCAGUUUCUGGUUUCAUGAGCCUACAAUAGAACACUACUUCCAAUUAUGUGCUAAAUUGGUAAUCUCACUUUUUGGGAAGCCAGAAAGAUUGGGGGAAAUAGAAAAUGUAUCUUCCUAUUCUGUGGCUUUGUGUUGGGACUGUCUUGCAGCCUUUCAGCCUUUGCUUGUUACUUACCCAGAGACACAUGCAACCUGCACCAAGCCUCUGGACCAGUCGGUCCACAGUUGAUAAGAAGCGAUGUUAGCAAGACCAAUGGAACCCCCAUCUCCUUUGUGGUACCUCUGGUUCUUCAUUUGCACUUGGGAAAUACAGUCUAAUUUUAAUUUCUUCAUCUCACCUCUCUUUGAAAGCAGGUAAUGCAUGAAAAAUAUCAAUUUCUCAUCUUGAUCUGUGUGCCUGGAGGAUUUAUUUGAGCCAGUUUGUGACCCAGUUUGUUCUGGGAAUUUGUUCACACUGCUGCAGUUUGCCCUUUACUCAGCGCAGCUUUAAGAUCCAGCUAUUCUCCAAAAUGGUUCUUUCUUUGGAUGUUGAUUUGGUGUACUUUAAUAAUUAGGAAAUGAGCGCACAGAGCAUAGCUAUAGCAAUGGCGCUGCAUUAGGAUCGAGGAAAAGGGAGUUUAAUACUUGGUGGCGGACUAAGAGUGUUGUCCCUUUCUGGCAAAGGCAAUUAAAUGAAACCUCACCAAGUGGCUCAGUUGAUAAAUUGGUCAUCGAGUGUGAAUGUCCUGAACCACGUAGACCAAGGCAUGAACGGAUUCAGUCGAGGUGAUACAAUGGGUGCUGAAAUCAAGCACCCCAGAGGUUAGGGUAAAGAAACAUCUCUACCCCUUUCCCUAGCUGGAAGCUGCAUGUGUAACUAGUGGGAGAGGGACAGAAACAAAAUCAGCUGUAAUGCCACCCAUGGCAUAUAGCCCGUCAACAUUCAUUUAUCUGCUCACUUGCAAAGUGUGUGCCAUUUGGGUGGAGUACCAGGGACAACUGAUGCCUUAGAACGCGGUUGCAGCAAGAUUCAGGAGAGGAGAGUGAGCAAAAAUCUAAAUUACUUUAUUUAUCAAAGGAAUAUGUUUAUUUAAAUAGAAAGUUAAUUAAUUCCUCAAAUCAAAAAUUUGCAGAGCUUGCAAUGCCUCCAAGAAAGUGUGAAAGAUGUUCUGCCUAAGUUUUGUUUUAUUUUGUUUGAACCCUUCCCAAGUGCAUACCCAAUUGGAUGGAAUCUCAUGUCCUCCACCAUGUAUUAAAUAACCAAAGCAGAUGUGGUUGGUGGGGAAAUUAGUUUCUUCCUAUGUUUAGUCAUGGCCUGAAAUAAACUCUGCCUUGUGUCUAUGUGGUAAAGCUAUAAUGUGGUAGUUGUCGUCACCAGGGCUGUAAUGAGGUGUUUGAGGGAGAAAAUAAAGCAGAACUGCGGUGUUUGGUUUUUCAGCAGAGUUUUGUAAAAAUAGAAAUUGGACACUCCAUUCACUAUCCAUACUUGCCUCUGCCCCCCCCAAGCAAAUUGGUUGUUUUAAAUUUAAUGCAUGCGGUCAAUUUCUGUCAAUUGUUGUCCAUUCCAUUUCUCUGCAGGUAGUUCACAUUCCUACUUGAGUUCCACUUACAAAGGGCAGAAUUUUACAGCACCUCCCACCGGCAGGAUUUUCCAGUCUUGCCGAAGUCUAUGGACUUUUGAAAGGCUCGCCACGUUUUAUGGCUCUGCCCCCUCUGUGACAGGGCCAUAAAAUUCCGUCCAUAGCCUCUGUCUCUGUCCCUCUUGUCUUUUGCUCUCUCUCUCCCUCUUUCAGUCACACUAAUAAUUCCAACCUUCUUACUGUUCGUUGAACUAGUCCAUUCAGAUGAAAUCAGCGUCACCAAUUCCACCCUACAAACUAGCAUAUGGUCUGUAAGCUGCUCCAUAUUUCAUCUUUGCUUUCUAUGUAGCACUGAUGACUAUAGAGAAAAUUUAAAUAAACAGUGCAUGUGUUUUAAAGUAAUGCAUGCACUAGCGUAAAUUAAUCACUCGUUUUUUUUAAAAAACGUAGUAGUUCCAACUCAAGAUUGAAUUUGAACCUUUGAGCAUAAUGUUUUAAACCUUCCCUUUUUUAAAAAAGGCCCCUUCCCUGCCCAAUGUAAAGUUAUUAUCCUUUGAUCUGUGUUUUAUGCUGGUAAUCGCCCCUCCCCUACCAUCUCCAAUUGUAAUUUGAACUGGAACGAUGGACUAUUGAAUGUAUACCUUAGUUAUUGCUCCAUGUGUUCAUUGGAUUUGAAUGGAGAAGUCCAUCGGCUGUUGAAUCCCUGACUGCCCUGUCAAGAUUUCUUAAAUUUUUCUGUAGGUAGAGCACAAGGAGGUAAUGAGCAUACUGAAGUAUAUGAAAGACCCAUCACUCUUCUCUGGAUUCAUGCCCUCUACAGUAUGCAAAUAUGCAUCCUUUUUUAUUUUCCUAUCACUUGCCACAAUUAGAUUUAAAAACUUGCAUCAAACUCGAGUAGUACUAUCUGUCCCAAAGUACCAAUUAGCUUGUUGAAUACAUCAGUUCUUCCUAAUGUUAGUUUCUGUAGGGCUGCUGAAUGCAGUGAUUUGCCGUGACGAUACUAUUUCUUGGCAUAGAUCCAAUAAGCUGUGGCUAGAGGUCUUGUGAACUUCACCGGAUUUGCCAAAGCUGCUUCCAGCCUGUGAGCAGUAGCGGGUGUACAAGUGAGCAGUAGUGGAUGUACAAGUGAGCAGGGCAAGAUGGGAAUGUGGUGAAGGACUGCUGUCUCAAAAGCACCACAGUAGUUUUUUUAAACAUCAAAUUAUGUACAAAUUGACUCAAUUCAGUAUUUUAAUAUUUUUUCAUCCUCCUCCAAACUCAAAUGUAUUUGACAACAGUUUAUAAAUAUACUGAAACGGUCAAUUUUUUUAAUUUAUAAAAGAUGUGGGCUUAUUUGCAUUAAAAUGCAGUAAUGAUGUGUGCCUGGUGAUAUUGCCAAGCAGACUGCUUCAUAACAUAACUUCACACUUUUACCGCAGUGUUCUCGCCAUAAAUUUAUCCUGGUUUCAUUUGUAUCGCUGCUCUGUGUAUUUUUCUUUUAAAGCCUGUUUAAAUGUGUAACCUAGAACUCUAAAGCAGAGAGCUUGUUGCUGAAGUUUAAGUUUGAAAGGCAUUUGUACAAUCAAUGCUGUACAAGGCUUAUCCCCUAUCUCAAACUCUAAUGAGUUACUCCUUGACGUUUGUACUGAGUAAGCUGGAAAAAAUGGGAACAAUGCUGCAACCCUGACUCCUUAUUUGGUACGUUACACUUGUAAAAUGUUUUCAAUAUGAUAAUUAACACUUAUUUGAAUUAAAAAUAAACCGAGUAUUGAAUAUAUAAUGUGAUAUUGGUCUGACAAUUUGGGUAGGUGUUACUUUUUACAAAAAUAGUAACUGUGUAUGUAAAGAAUGGUUGGUUGUAUUCUUAAGAGGCUAAUGGUUCGCAUCCUUUAUUACUGGUGUCUAGAACCUCUUUUUGUUGCAUUUAUUAAAAUAGUUCCCAUUUGGAUCGAUUUGUACUACAAGUUCUCAUUUUAUUAAAAGUUAAAUGGUUGUUUUAACUGUGUUGAGUCCUGCGCCAGAAAACUUUGUUCCUUUUGGAAACUUGCAAUGUACAGCCUCUUCCUCCUCCACGUCGCGGUACUUCCUCGGCUUUCAGUUGCCCUGGGAGAUUUUUGACAGCUUCAACCCCGCAGCACUACACGACUGACAUGUGGAAGCUCAAGCCGUGUUGAUGGAUGAAGUAAAGGGGCCAUAUGAACACUGUGCUACUUGUUGGCCUUGUCCUCUAACAUAGACACACCAAGCUUCAAACAUUCCCAGUGUUUUAGGGCUUUGUCAAUGUCGACUGCGGAGACUGGCACUUCAUUCCCAACACAACAACCUCUAGCAGCCAAAUGAAGAAAGAAGUACAACCCUGCAAUUAAAAAUCAGCAAUUCUCAAGCCACUGACCUGUGAUUUCCCUCCACCCUCUCUUCAGACUGCCACAGACUUGGAAAUUUGGGAGCAUUGCAGGUAUGCUCAUAUGUGCAUGUGAAUAUGAAUCAUGAUCUGGAAGAAGGCUGAAGUUGGUUUAAUCAAUUUUAAUGUAUUGUGUGAUGGCCAUUUUGGCACUUACAUUGUAUACCUUUUCAAAGGGCACGCUGGCAGACUUCAUUGAAGAUGUUGGGGGAUUGAGACCCUUAGAUUGAAACAUCACUCUCUCUCCCUCUACACCGCAGCCACUGAACCUUUAUUUCCAGACUGCGCGCAGUGAGGAGCUUUGAAGUGGCGGUCAUUUUAUAUAUAUAUAUAUAUAUAUAUAUAUAUUAUACACAAUAUAUACAUAUAUAAAACAUUAAAAAAAAUUAUUCAGGCAGGAUUGAUUCAGAGAAAUGCUUUCUCCUUUCCAGUAGAGACUUAGAACUUAUGAUGGGCUAAAAUCAUUUUAGAGAAAAUGGAACAAAUAUUUUUAAAACUAAAGUUUUUUUUCUUUUACAAAACAGUUUGUGAAUGGUGGUCAGGACCAAUUCAACCCAGAGUGCAUGUGAUUAAGCUAUGAGGGUGAGCUAGUGUCUCCUCUCCUGCAUAAAAUCAUGUAUUUGCUGAAGUAAUUUGUCUUAAUGGGAAUGUUGUAAAAACUUUACAGCCAUAUGUGCUAUGUAUCAUAGUUAAUAAAUCAUUCUUUUAAAGAAAAA